GACGUCGGUCGUACACUGGGUUCACUGUUAUCGCCCGGGUGGACAGCAGAGUUACUUCCACGUUAAAAAUUGGAAUAAAAUGCGGGAGGAUUCACGUAAACACAGACGUCGCCUCAGCGCAGCUAUUUAGCGUUUCUUCGUGAAUACACGUCAGCUCCGGAGCGGAAGGAUCCACGCGUGGUUGUGUGUGUUUUUUUUUUUAAAUCAGCAAUAUUUCAGGGAGAGCAGUGUCAUCCUCAUCGCCACAGUGGCUGCAAACAAACGAUGAACUGAGGACUUCCUCGACCCUCACACAUUUCUCCAGUCCGCACUCCUCACCCACUGCUGUCGACCACGUUGCCUCACCACACCUGGGCAGAGAAAUGCAUGUGUGUGCGUACCCUCUGAUGAAUGACCGUGCAAGUGUUUUUGGGCUGAAGUAAGAGUAGUGGUCUGCACUUCGUCUCUUAGCCUCAGAGAGGCACUUCUCUACUUGACUGACUGCGACAUUUGUCUCCACAACUGCAAAGCAUCAUGGGUAGGAAAAAGAUUCAGAUCCAACGGAUCACAGAUGAAAGGAACAAGCAGGUGACAUUCACAAAGCGAAAGUUUGGCUUGAUGAAGAAAGCCUACGAGCUGAGUGUAUUGUGUGACUGUGAGAUUGCCCUGAUCAUCUUCAACCAUGCUAACAAGCUGUUCCAGUACGCCAGCACUGACAUGGACAAGGUCUUACUCAAAUACACAGAGUACAAUGAGCCUCACGAGAGCCGGACUAAUGCAGAUAUCAUUGAGACUUUGAGAAAGAAAGGCUUCAAUGGUUGUGACAGUCCAGAGCCAGACGGUGAAGACUCCAUCGACCAAAGUCCCUUAAAUGAUGACAAGUACCGUAAAACCACAGAAGACCUGGAUGUUCUCUUCAAACGCUACGGACAGUCGACGGCUCCGCCCCAGACCUUCUCCAUGCCAGUCACAGUCCAGGCAUCCAGUCAAAGCACACUGCAAUUCAGUAACCCUGGCAACGCACUGGUAACUACCUCCUAUGUAACAUCAUCGUCUCUCACGGAUACCCACCUCCUGUCACCACAGCAACCAGCUCUUCAGAGAAACACGGUGUCUCCUGGGUUGCCACAGCGACCAGCGAGUGCAGGUGCUCUUCUUGGAGGUGACCUAAAUAAUUCAAAUGGAGGAUGCCCAAGUCCAGUCCCUAAUGGAUACACCAGUGCCAGGGCCUCCCCAGGCCUCCUCACCGUUUCCAACGGCAACAGUCUGGGGAAAGUAGUUCCAGCCAAGUCUCCACCCCCACCUCCCAGCCCCCAGAUGGUCAACAGCCGCAAGCCAGACCUCCGAGUCAUCACCUCACAGGGCGGAAAGAGCCUCAUGCAGAUGAACGCCCAGCGGCUGGCGGCCGGAGCCCAGGUGGCACAAACCCUCACCACGCCGGUGGUCUCUGUAGCCACACCGAGCCUCCUGGCACAGGGGCUGCCCUUCUCCGCCAUGCCCACAGCGUACAACACAGAGUACCAGCUGACCAGCGCGGAUAUCACUGCUUUACAUGCUCUGGCGUCACCUGGUGGCUUGUUGCCGACUAGUGUCUCCACAUGGCAACAGCAGCAGGCUAUUUCCCAGCAACCACAGCAACAGCAGCAGCAACAGCAAACACAGCAACAGCAGCAACUUAAUCUUGCAUCACUCAGCAACUUGGUCAUGUGGGGCGUGGACAAACAGAGCAGCGAGCUGUGUAGCCAGGUGUCCAGUCUGGCUGCCAAUCUGAGUGUUGGCUCUCCGUCCAACCUGCUCUUGGGUAGAGAUGAGUGGUUGGGCCGGCCGGUGACCCAUAUACCUCAAGGCGCCAUGCUGACCGUCAACACAAACUCCAGCGUGAGCAUCAAGUCGGAGCCUGUCUCGCCUGGCCGUGAUCACAGCACCCCUUGCUCUCAUCCUUCCUCCACCACACCGUCCUCGACUUCAGGCGGAGCCAUCCUGACCGCACCGCCGCAGUACCCUGGCUCCCUGUUGUGCCUGGAGCCUCCGACCGGCCGCUCGCCUGCGAACAGCGUAAGCAGCAACGCCAGCUCCUUUGAAGGCAGCGAUCGCGACGACACCGGUACAGCUGGCGGCAGCGGCACUGGAGGUGCAGGCGGAGGCGGCGGCAGCGCGUCUGGCUCUACGGGUUCCGCAAACCGGUCCUUGCCGCCUGACUUCAGCUCCUCGGCUGAUCUCCUCAGGGUGUCGAACGAACCGGAGCAGGAGGGAGGAAACGUGAAGCGCAUGAGAAUGGACACCUGGGUCACAUAGAUGCACCGACACGGUUUCUCAGCACCCCCCCCCCCGUGAAGUUAUGGUGACACUUAAACACUCACAACACACACAUCCACUCAUCCUUACACCCCCACUGCCCCAACCCACACUGCCAUGUGACACUAUCAUCAUGCAUCUGCCUCUUUCCAGAAUUACACGACUCAGCUGCGUCACCCAGACUUAAGAGGCUUUGCCAAAAUAAGAAAAAAAAAGUUUAAAAAAUAAAAUAAAAAUCCUUUGGGGCUCUCGCUCUGAGUGAGGGAAGGAUGGUUUAGUGCUCUGCUGGAUAUUUAGACCCCUUGAAUAGAGGGACAGUAGAUUUUAAAGCCUUCUUGCUUGAAUGGACUCCCUUAUAGUAACUUCUUUUUGUUAGUAACAAGGCACUUAGCCUUUCAAUCUGACUCAACCGUAAAAAUAUUCCUCUUUCACUCGCUUUCUGCCUCACCUUCAUGUAUUUACAUUGAGAUCUGCUGCAUUGUUCUCAAUAUGAUCUGUGGCUUGUCAACGCGAUAGGACUUCUGCUAUAUGACUCGCCACUUCCUGCUUCUUUGAAAUCCGUUGGGAUUGUGUGCUGUCCAUUCUUCCGUAAGUCACUUGCAAACUGCACUAUUGGAAGGAGCUUAAUGCGGACACCUUUGACGACAUCUGUGUGACACUAAACAGACUCAAACAGGGUCUCUAGGCUUUACCCAGGCGAGCCCGAGCACUCAAGUGGCACUCUGCUGCUGUGGAGCUGAGCACCUUGCCAGAGUGCCAAUAUCAACCUCUCUUUAGGAAUAAGAAAAAAAUGCCAAAAGCCUCAUGCACGCAGUGCGGGGACACUGACGAGUGAUCUCUCACAAAAACCGGCGAGAACUAGAAACUGUUGAUGCUUUUCAAGCUUUGAAUUUGUCGUCACUCUCUCCUCGGACUGAGCGCUCCUCCCGUCCUCUCGCUCAUCUCCUCCGGAGCUCAGAUGGAAAUUGUUGCACCACAAAUCCAGCCACAGUAACUCACUCAGCUUAUUACCAGGAGUAGACGCCAUCCAGUUAAAAGCAUAGUACAAGUUUUCUGAGCCUCUGGUGGCUUUUUUCGAGGUAGGGAAGUAUUUGGUUCUUUCAGUCCAAGUGUUCUUUAUCUGUUGGUAUUUAAAAAAAAAAAUCUGUUUUGAAGGUCUGUUAGUCGUCCAGAAGUAGGAAUUCUGACUUUGUAUAAAAAUCACUCCUUAUACAAAAGCUUUGAUGUCCUCUUUAGCUCUCUAUAGCUCUCCUUAGCUCUUUGCUGUGUUUCAAAAAGUGAAAGGAAAAAGACAUUUUCUAUAUUUCUACCGCUUCAGUUGGCGACAAAGUACAAUAGCUUUUCAGCUUCAACGACGUGUAUGUACAUAUGAAUAUAUUUGCAUAGACUUUGCUAGGUAUCCCUAAAAACAAGCAAUGUGUUGAUUCUCAGUGGAUCUGUUUGCAUAUUCGAGUGUGACUUUGAUAUGUUUUGAGCUACGGUGCAGGGGUCACGCCACACUAGCUAGUGCUGGUGGAUCAGACCUGUUUCAGUAAACCUGUUUUAUGCUAGUGUUGAUGGUGUGUGCACUUUCUGUCUCUCACUCACAGAAGCCUGCUUGGUUGUGGUGUCAUCAUAUUCUCCCGCCACCCCCGCCCCCCCCUUUUUUAAAAACCCACCAAAAGUAAAAGUACCCACCUUAACAUGAAGUCAUCAUUACGACACUGCCAUUCACGUAUCGUGUACUUAAAGAGGUAAUACACACACUUUGCUCGACAGAAUCACUUUUAAUCUUUUCCACAUUAACCAGACACAGAUUUUUGCCUUUUUUCACUUUGAAGUUAAGUCAAGAAAUUGGCUAAUAAGUGCUGUGUUUGUUGUUCACUUGUAUAUUUUAUAGUACAAAUUAGUUUUGUCUGAACCAUUUUGUGUGUGUGUGUGUGUGUGUGUGUGUGUGUGUGUGUGUGUGUGUGUGUGUGUGUGUGUGUUUUCACAGGAUGUUUAUACGUAGAAACGGGAAGUCUCUCUCCCCUCGAGUUGACGUUCUCGGCGCAGACUGUUGCGUCAGCUGGUGUUUGUUGACUGUUGAUUAUAUACUUAAGCAAUGCUACACUUUCAAAUCUGUGUGGGUGAAAUGAUGCUGCGAUUAGUCCGAGCCCGCGGUGCAGAGUGCGACGCUGUGGGUUAGUGGAGGAUAUCACCGUGAUGUGUGUGACCUUUUCACGAGGGCGAACCGGCGUCUAAUGCCAGUCCUGUCGAUGUUUUCCAUGAUCAGCUUAUUUCUCCGUCCUUCAUUCGACAGCAUGGUGUUCAGCAGUUUUCUCUGCUAAUUUCAGGUCAUUAGUGUUUUUCUUCUGUCAGUCAGCACUGGAAAACAAUUUAACCAACUCUUUCAAAAAACUAAAACCUCAUGUUGGAGAGUUUUUAAUGUUUAAAUUGUUAAGGGAACUUUCGGGGAACUCACUUUAUUCCCAGAUUUUGAUGAGAAGCUGAGAAGUGCUCAUUUGUGUGCUGCAAAUCUGAAGCUGCAGCAGCCGGUUAUAUCAGCAGGAGACCGGUGACAAACCCACCUAUCAGCACCUCUGAAGCUGACGUCUAAUGCUGCAUUCAUGUUUUAUCGCUUAGAAAGUAAUCACCAGCAAUCGGGUCGGAAAUCUGAGUCUAAAGCCAAGUGUCCAUCCAAAUUUACAAUAAAUAGUAACAGGAGAUCUGAGCUGAAGUGCAUUUCCAUCCACGUAUCCUUCAUUAUGCAAAUAUAAGGACUUGGGUGCGUUAAGAUACAGAAACAGUUUGUUUCACGUAUGUCUUAUAAUUAUGAUGUUUUCUAUAAAUCCUCAAUUAAAACUAGAUUCUUGUAAAAAUAAAAAAACUCUCUGGAGUCUUUUAUUGCUCUAAGAUGAAAAGCUGAAGGAGGGAGAACUUUUAAGAGACCUGAGAGUUUCUUAAUCAGAAAGAGAAAUCACUCACUUGUGUGUGAUGAAGCUUGUUCUUACUUUUAUAUUGAAGAUAAGUCUUUCUUCUUAUUCUGCUGCGUUGUGUUAUGGGACUGAACUCUACCACAGUGGCAGUGACAGUUUCUCAUAAAAUAGUUUUACGGUCAUCAACGUACUGAGCUAAACAUUGGUCGUCUGUCCAGUUGAGUUUUGGUAAAUUCCUUUUUAUUGCUGGUUUACGGUUAAUCCACAACAAUCAAAACUAAUGUCCAGCCAUUACAGGAGUGGAGCAGAACUGAGAAAGUUUAUUUUAACGUGGAUGGAAACGCACGUAUCAUUUCUGUCAGUGAUGAUAUUUUCCUCUGGGUUAAAACUACAGCUAAUGUUGCUCAAACGUUUCAUUGAAAGUUAAUCCAACAUGAACUCUCAUCCAAUCAAUUCAGCUCAUUUUAAAAGGUGCUAUACAUCUUUUUUUUUUAAAAACAUGAACUCACAACAGGAGCUAAUUCAAGCUAUUUAAAUGACGUGGUUGUAAUGAGUGAAUUCUCACAGUUUGGAACAACAGGAGUUUUUCCUGACGACAUGAGGGAUGAGUAACAAUCUUCUCGUCAAACUCUCGGCAAUAAAGUGAACUCUGUUUCCCCAAAGAGUCAAACUACUCAUAAACUUGAAAGAUUGGAUUGAUGAGCGGCACCGGCCCUCACACAGGCAAUGAUCUCCUCUGCUACUAUGCCGUCAUUUCCAUUUUAAAUCAGUUAAUUUCCAUGGAAACUCUUUGGUUGACUGAAAUGUGACACCACACUCAUUGGCUCUUAUCUUCCUGCCGCUCGCAGGUUCGCUCAUGUACAAUAAGGUUCUGUCAGAUCUAGCAGUCACGAGACAAUCUAUAUGAGAUAUGAAAACCUGCACCCUGUUACUUGUUGUGUACAAUGUUUUUUAGAAUCUCACUAUUUUUGGAUUAAUUUGUGCUGGUGACAGUUCCAUUGUCUAUUAUUAUUAUAAUGAUAUUAUUAUGGAGCUUUUAUUUUAUUGCUAUUUUGUGUAGGAUAGCCAAACUGUUUUUAUUUUCUCUCUAUUACGUUUACCUUUCUUAUCAUAAACAUAUAGUACUGGUUUCCUUUUUUGAAACAACUUGCUGAAAAUUGCACGAUCAGUUAUUGUGGUAUUAGCAAAUGCAAUGAAGGAAGGAAAUACCAGUUAAAUGCUGCAGUUUUAAUUAAGAUAUAGAAUAUAUUUAUAAAGAAAAAAAAACGAGAAAACAACUGAAAUUAGUAAUUCAUGAAAUUUGAAACAUGUAAAUGCAUGGGACACAGGUAACAUCUACAGUUAUGUUACGUACAGUAAAGAUAAAGGACAUGCAUCACAAAUGAGUUUUCAAAGGACUCAGAAUAAUGUAGCAUAUGAAAUACUAAAGAUGAAAUUUAUAGCUAAUAUAUUGUGUUGAGCUAGUCUGCUUUGGGUUUUUGUUGUAAAGAAAAUAUUUCUUUUUGUUGUUUUUUGAGAAUGAUAUACAGUUUGUGUAUAUUUUCAUAUACAAAGUAUGCACUGAUAUGUAAUUGAAAUUCUAUACCGCUUUUACAAAAAGUGUUUGUUGUACCAAAGUAUCCAAGUCCCUUGAAACCUUAUCCUUUUUGCGUAUGUUUUACCGUAUUUUAUAUAUUAAAUAGACAAAUUGAGUGAAA